AGAUUAUUAUUUUUAUUGUGUUACGGAUACAGCGCCCUAUAGAGGCGUAGGACAAGGAUGGCCUACCCAAUACAAUCGGGAGCAAAGGACGAUAAAUAAAACAUUAUUAUAAAACGAUCUAUAAUAGGAGUUAUUAUUAUAGUUAUAGUUCGUAAUUCAUAAGAGAUCAGCUAGUGUAUAACUACAGCAGGUCGGUCAAUGGUCACCUAUCACAUCCGUCAUCCACUAUACGUCUAUACACCUAUGAAUAAAAUAGGGCAGUGACCGCCAAAAAAAAUAAAAAAUUAUGUUGUACGACCACAAUCCAAGGAGACGUAUCCCCACCACUAUUAACCAUUCGGCAAUUAUAUAUUAUUUUAUUAACACCGCGGUUAUUCACGUGAUCAUAAUAAUAUUUUUAUUGUUGUUGUUAUUAUUGUUAUUAUCGGUCCGUAGCUUCAGUGACGGACGUGAGUGUGUAAACAAACCGAAUCGUUUGGUGGGAAGACUGCCGCCGAGAUAAGGACGCGGCGUAAUCUUUGAGCGCGACGAAUCGGAUAUUGCGUCGUCCCGUGUUGUGUACACUCUCCACACUUCCCGCCGCCCGAACUUCGUGCGCCGGCGACCUUCUUUGGCCAGCGCUGUGGGCCGGGUGAUAGUCAAUAAUUAGCGGUCGACCGACGAACGAAACCUUUCGCGCGCACCGAUAAUCGCCCGUAGUCCGUGCAAUAGUAUUAUGCACUGUUUUUUUUUUUUGUUUGUUUUGCCGUAGUUGUCAGUUUUCCACGACGACGCGUCCCCGACUUGUAAGCUGCCCGCACCAAACCCGAAUAGGGUAGGGCGACCAUCGAUUAUUCACAAUAAUACAUAGGACGUGAACGUUUCGACGGUGUCAGCUGCGCGAAAUCGCUUUCGACGGUCGUGCUGCUCUCUCAAUUAUAACAUGAUGAAGUUUGGAAGCAAAAACUCCACCAAUACGCCAAUCAAGUGUACCAUCCGCCUAUUGGACGACUCUCAGUUGUUGGACAGCGAAUUUCAGAUAAAUGAAAAAGGCAGCAGUUUGAUAAAUCGUAUUUGCGAACAAUUGGAUUUAAUUGAAAAAGAUUACUUUGGUUUACGUUAUGUUGAUAGCAAACGUCAAAGGCAUUGGCUAGAACCCUCAAAAUCAAUUUUCAAACAAAUCCGAGAUAUGGAAGCAGAUAAUAUAUUAUUUAGCUUUCGUGUUAAAUUUUAUCCACCAAAUCCAUUUCGGUUAAAAGAAGAUAUUACUCGUUACCAAAUUUAUCUUCAAUUAAAAAGGGAUUUAUUACAUGGUCGGCUUUACUGUAAUACAUCUGAAGCUGCUCUGUUAGGAGCGUAUAUAUUACAAGCUGAACUUGGAGAUUUUAAUCCAGAAGAACAUAUUGAUAAUUAUGUUAAUGAAUUAAAAAUACUAUUAAAACAAACUUUGCAAUUAGAGGAGAAAAUGAUGGAUAUUCAUAAAAAUGAAUUGAAAGGCAAAACUGCAGCUGAAAUGGAAACAAUUUUUUUGAAAAAAGCAUGUGUACUGGAUACAUAUGGAGUUGACCCUCAUGCAGUUAAGGAUCAAAGAGGUAAUCAACUUUAUUUAGGCAUUAAUCAUACUGGAAUACUUACAUUCCAAGGCAGUAAGAAAAUGAAUCAUUUCAGCUGGUCACAAGUUCAAAAAAUUAACUUUGAGGGUAAAAUGUUCAUCAUUCAUAUCAUUCUCAAUGAGGAUCAGAGAAUCAAGAAAAAACAAACUAUUGGUUUUAAAUGUCCUAGAGGUUCUUCAUGCCGUCACGUAUGGAAAUGUGCUGUUGAACAAAUGUUAUUUUUUACAUUUCCUUCAAGUUCUGAUGUUCCUAAUGUGGUUUCUGGUGGAGGCUUUUUUUCAUGGGGUACCAAAUUUAAGUACAGUGGACGUGUUGAAAAGGAAAUAUUAGAAGAUGUGACAAUCACCAGGGAAUCUCCAACUGUAACACGUGUUGGUAGUCUCAGAAGAAAAUCAUCAAGUGAACCUCCUACACCUUCUAAUCUUGUUAUAAAUCAAGUUGCAGGAUUUAAUAGCCUUCCUCGUUCAUUAACAAACACCAGUGAAGAAUAUAAUACUUCAAUAGAUUCAUCCAAUCAAAUUGAUAAUUCCUCAGUUUUAGAGACUUUAUUAGAAGACCAAGAAAUCAUAACAUCUAAAAUUGAACAAGAAGUCCAUCAUGAAGAAAUCUUGAAUGAUCAUUUACUGAUUGAUUUUACGACAGUAACAGACAGUCCACAAUUAAUCCAAUCUAUUUCAAAUCAGCUGUCCGGUCAAAAGCAUAUAGAAACUACUGCAAUUCGAAACAGCGGAUCAAGCUUAUCAUUCUUGAGACAGACUUUGCUGCCAGUAAUAUUUGCAUUGUUUAUGAUGGUUUUAAUUGUAGUUAUUGUUCUAGAAUCUGAUUUCGAUUUCAUUGCUGCUAUCAGAAAAGCACCAGAAAUUGCUGCUUUUAAAAAGAAUUAUUAUGAACCUAGUAAAGACUUUUUACUGCGGCGUUUUAUCAGGUCAAAGAUAUUUUAGUAAAUGACUACUACUUGUUUUAUCACUUUUUAUAGUAGCUUUACAUUCUAGAGUAAGAUACAUGAAAAUUGAUUUAAAAUUAAGUUCAAGGUGAUGGAGUUUAUUUGAUACCAACUUGACAUACUAAUUUAGCAUUAAAGGUCUAUUACUGGGUUGCAUAAACAAUCACUAAGUAAACAUCAAUAUUAAACUAUUGGUCCCUUAAAUAUGAUUUAACGGCCCAUAAUUGGUUCACUAAAUUUUGGUGAAAUAUUAAAUUUAUCAAUUUGUAUACAAUUUGUCAUAUGUGUGCUCAACAUUUUAAUGACAUUGUUUUCAAGAAUUUGAUCAAAUUAUGGCAUUUACCAUUUUUUUUUUUUUUACAAAAUAGUUCACUUAGAUAUUUAUGCAUUUAUCUAAUCAAAUCGUCCCAAUGAAAUUUGUGAUUUUAUAAUGAUUUUGAGCUUUUACAAUUUUAAUUAUCUUAACAUUUUGUGUUUUGAUUAUUACAGAGCUUUUGUUAUUAAUUUAAGUGUUUAUAUGUUAUACCACUACAUUAAAGUUUCUAUGCUAAAGGUGCCACUGAAACUUACAUGUACCAAUAAAUACGAAUUUUUUGUAAAUAAUACAUUUUGGAGUUGGUACUAUAUGAAAUAUUGGUGCUUAAAUCUUUAUCAAGUUAAUAAUAUAUAGUGUGUUCACUCUAAGAUACAUUACUACAUAUUAUUUCAACUAAUUGGCUAUUUGAAAAGUUUGAAGGAGAAUUGAAGAAUUACAAAUUUUAGGAAAAUUUCAAAUGUUUAUCCUUUAUGGUAUGCACACACAAUACGACUUACUUUAAAAACCAUUACAAGUGUACAACAUACUUUUACAAACUCUAUAAGUAUAUAUCUUAUCUCUGUAUAAAAUUAACAUAGUUAAAGUAUCACUAAAGUUAAUUAUAUUCAUAGAUUUCCAUGGGCAUAGGUAGGAAAUAUUUUCGGAGAGGGUUUUGGAUUAGAUCAGCGUUUUUCAAAUUGUGGGUCGCAACCCACUGGUGGAUUGUCAGUCAAUUUUUGGUGGGUUGGAAACAUUUUUUUUUGAAUUUUAUAGAUUCCAAAAAAUAUAUGUUAAAUUAAUAAUAAAUAUAUUAUUAUAGCAAUCUUGUACCAAAAGUUACGUGGGUAAUAAAUAGUAAUUUGUACCAAAUAUCUAAUAAAAGUCUACACAUAUUUAUAUAAUACAAAUUUUGAUUUUUACUACUUUUUGAAAAGUGUAACAAUGUGAACUGCGAAAGUUUUUUCAGGGGAAAUUUUGGAUCGCAGUAUUAAAAAGAUCGAGAACCCCUAUUUUAGAUAUACAUUAAGUUUAAUUUACAAUAUUUAUUUUAAAAUUGUUUUAUCUUUAAUUUCGGUGAGUUUUUUAACACCCAAAAUCCUUCCCUUAUCUUUGCCCAUGAUACGGUUUCAAGUUACUUUAACCUUAUCUAUGCAUAUCCACUUGAAAUAAAAAUUACUAUAGCAUUACAAAAAUGGUUAAUUCUAUUACACGAAUGUAUACCACAGAAGUAAAAAUAAUUUGAAAUUUUCUCAAAAUGUUUAUUUUCAUCUUCUUAAAAUCUAUUUCAGUCCAUUAUCUUUUAGCUGAAAUAUUUAGUAAUAUCUCUUAAUGUAAAAAUACUAUAUAUUAUUAUAUGUAGUAUGUUCCAUAAAUACUUGCCACCAUUAAAUGUUUCCAAAUUGAACAAACACUUUUUUUGUAUAUUCUAAGUACAAUUUUGAAUAUUUAUAAAUAUGUAAAUUCAAUAUACAUAUUGUAAUUAUUUAUCUUAAAAUACAGUUUUUGGUUAGGUGUAAGGUUGGUAUUUUUUGGAUAAUAUACUUAAUUAGUGAUCAGUGUUUCCUAUUUAUAUUUACCUCUAGUUCAUCAUGUAUUUUAAUUAAUUAGAUAAAAUAAGAAUGCUUUAACUUAUGACAUAAUUUUUUUUGUCUUACUAUUUUCUUAUGGUGUAUACUUGAUUGGUGAAAUUUUUAAAAAUAUGUUAGAACAAUAUAUUUAUUAUUUAAUCAACAUUUUUAUAAUUGAUUUAAACAUCUCUUUGUAGUGUAAGUUGAAUGUAGUAUAAAAUACUAGUCAUUUUUAGGUAAGAUGACUUUAUUUCCAAUGUGUAAAAUGAUUAUAUUUUUGUAGUUUUCAUUUCACUCUCUACCUAACUACUAUAGUGAACAGUAAACUAUAAUAGAAUUUAAUUUAUUUAUAUUAGUAGGAGUUUUUUGCAGAGAUGAUCUUUGAUCCCGGAUUAAAAUAUGUACCUAUUAUAUGUAGGUAACAUUUGCAUUAAUUAACUUAAAAUCUCGAUAACAUACAUUCCUUUCCACUCUAAUGAUUUCAAUUGUGUUGAUUUUGUUUUAAUAUUAUUUUAUAACUACAUUUAAUUUUAAAAUAUAUUACUUACAGCAAGUACAUUUUAGUAUUUUUUUUAAAUGGUUUAAUGUAACAUAUUAAAAUGCAUUAAUUCUAUGUAAUUAUAUUUCCCAUUUAUAUUACGCUAUAUUUUUUUAGUAUUUUGUCUUUAAUUAGGUAUUUGGAAGUAUAAAUCAGGUGUUGGGUUUUAAUAGUUCUAGUUAAAUUAAGGGUUUUUGCUCAUACAAUCUUAGAAUUUGGUGUUAAGGUUAUGUAUAAUUUUAAAUUAUUAUAAUUCUUAAAAUUUAAUUUUUAUCCAAAAUCUACAUAUCACCUGUCAUUCAGUCCGGCCGAUUUCAUAAACUAUUGACUAUUAGUCUUGUUACCAAACGUUCCAACUAAAAACGUGAUCUCUAAAAACCAAAAUUUAACAAAAAAUUACUUAAUGGUGAACUUCAAAAAGUUGUGUUUGAAAUUUUAUUAUUCAUUGAUACAAUCUAUUACUAACACAACACAUAUAUUAUUAUUAUUAUUAUUAUUAUUAUUAUUAUUAUUGAUAUAAACCACUAUUUUUCUACAAUUUUGUACUUAAAAUUCUUUUGAUGGCUUUGUUAUUUAUCAUGAUUUUAUUUUUGUUUUACAUAAUAUUAUUGAUGUGCAAUUUUUAUAUUACGUAUUUUUUAACUUCAAAUUUUUAAUUGACAUAUUAUAUGUACCUACCACAGUAGUUUGGCUUAUAAAUUCAAUAAUGUUGUAUACUAUAAUAUUAUAUUCCUAUUAAAUAAAUACAAAUCUACUUAGUAUAAGUUAUAUUCCUAGAAUUACAUAACAUUCCAAUAUCAAACUAUGUACAAUAUUUAUCAAUGGUUUGUGAGAGCUGAAGUUUUUAUAAUUUGUAAAUAGUUUAUUUAUAAACCACUUACUAUUACAAAAAAUAUUCCUGUUCAUGUUCAUAACUUAAAUUUUUAUUUAAUUUUAAACUUCUGCAAAGUUGUAUUUUCCAGUAAAAUUGUUCAUAUUGAUCAUUUUAAAUCUUUACCCAAAAGUUCAAUGUAUGAUGAUAUGUGUAAAUAUCAAUCUCUAUUAAAAUAAAUCGGUAUAUCAAAUAAAAGUAGUAUUAAAUUACAUGUUCUAAAAUCUUCCACUCUCUUCAGACCAUUUAAUUAAAAACCGUGUUACUCUAGUCCUUAAUACUUUAAAACUCAUUGUGUUUAUUCAGUAAGAUUAUAUUACAUUGUUGUACUUAAGUAAGCUUUACCAAUACAAUUGUUUGAUUUACAAAAAUAAAUAAAACUGCUGUUUAUUAUGCUACAAAA